GCCCGAGACGCAACCAGAGAGAGCGCGAGGGGCGAGAGCAACCUGACCCAGCGGAGCCGGUGACACGGAGAAACACCGGGACAGGGAGCAGAGCCAGAGUGAGACAUACACAGGGAGGAGCUAUCGAUAAGAGACACAUUUAAAUAAGACAGGUAGCACAUUUGCAAUCAAGUGCAUCGCAAGUCAGAGUGAGAGUAAUGUGACUUUUGCAGCGAAGCUGAAUUACGCACGAGCGCGCCAUUCCAAGGUGAACCAACUUUUACGCACGGACCUUUGGAGAUGUUUCACUUGUGAGGAGAAUGCUGCAUUUUUGUCACUUCUAACGGCAAUUUUGGAACAGCAGCUCGUGAUCUGGUCUUUUUUGAGUGGAGUUUAGACCAGACACUGGAUGCAUCGAGCACUUUGGCACAUUUUGACGAACCAUUUUUAAAAAUCACACAUUUGGAGACAUUCUUGGAAUCAUAGCAGGGGCUUACUGGGACUCUCUGAUACACUGCAGACUGUUAUAGUAGGAACUGCGUGGCUGCAGCCUUCGUGUAUUAUAACACUCUGCAUUACGCACCUGUCUGUCCCACACAGUACCCUUGACGUCUCCUUUUGAGAGUUUUCAAAACAGCGCUAUGGACACAGUCAGACGUCUAGCCUGCGCGUGAGUCAGCGUGAGCAAACAUUCGGACAAGCGGCGCUUAUAGGCAGUGACACAUUUGGGGAUAUUUAACAGUGCGUGCUUUGCACAAGCGGCAAGCACACGACACCGGGACGAGGCUCGGUGCAGCCGGGGGAUUGGACGCCGAGGUGCUAAAUGCCCAGCCGGUCGCUUGCGGCUCCUCAGGCUGGGCGGCAACAUGAGGUCCUGGGUCCUGCUGCUGCUGUUAGCUGCGCUCUCAGCGGCUCGUCUGCGGCUCAGCAGCGCUGAGGGUGAUCCGCUUCCUUCGUCGCUGGUCGACCUGGUGAGCAACUCUCCCAUCUCCUCUGUGGACGACCUGAAGCUGCUGCUGCAGCAGGAGACCAAUGCAAUAGAAGAGGAAGAAGACGAGCAUGAUUUUCUCACAAACCACACCCAUGGCCGAUAUACUAGAAGUCUUGUGGAGGCGCAGCCGGCCCAGCAGGCGGCGUGUAAAGUUCGGACAGAGGUGAUGGAGGUGACAAGGUCCAUGCUGGACCGCCGUAAUGCCAACUUCCUGUUAUGGCCACCCUGCGUGGAGGUGCAGCGAUGUUCGGGCUGCUGCAACACCAGGCUGCUGCAGUGUGUUCCCAUUCUCACCUCCAGCAGAUACCUGCAGGUGAUAAAGAUCCAGUAUAUAAACAGGAAGGCUCACUAUGACAAAGCCAUCAUCUCAGUGGAAGACCACGUCAGCUGCAGGUGCCAACCUUCCACAUCUUCCUCGUCCUCUUCGUCCUCCUCUUCCUCCUUGACUGUUCCCAUCCCUCGCUCCGCCACUCAAAGCAACCCCAACCCUGCUCCACCACAGCAGCAGCCUCCCCCAUCUUCCCACCUUCCGCUGCCCCACCCCCGCACCGUCCACCCCGCUCCACCAAAGACUCAUGCUUCCAAGGCCGACCUCCAUCGCCACGACGACCUGAAGCAUAACCAGCAGCACUACCACCCUGAGGAGCGUGAGCCAGUGGCGAGGCAGUGGCAGCAGGGCAGCUACACCCAGCUGGUGCACUGGACGCAGCCCAGGGUGCACCAGGCGCCCACGCACAUGCAGCCGGGGGCACACCAGCCGAUUGCUGGGGUGCUCGGGUCGGUCAGCAGCUGGCCAUCUGAAGCGAGGGCAGAGCAUAGCAUUAUGGGAAGUACACCGCAGGUUGGGCAUGGGAGCGGGUACGACGGGAGCAGGGAGGAAGGGGGCGUGCAUGUAACAAAGAGCGGUGGGGAGGUGCAUCAUCCAGAUCACAUGCAGAGGCAGCAACAGUUGUUACAGCAUCAGCAAAGACAGCAGUUUCAGCAGCAGUAUCAGUAUCAUCAUCAGCCGCAUUAUCCACAGCAGUUCAACCACAGAGGAGCUGAAGACCAAGAGCUGAGGACACAAUAUCGACUCAACACUCCCCAAUCAGACAGCGCCUCUCCACCUGACAGCCCAACGCAGCCACCCCAGUUAGAACAACCCCCCACCCCUCCUCUGACCACCAUUCAGAAAGACUCAGUGACCAGCCAAAAAAUAACAGAGGUCACAAAACACAAACAGACUGAGGCUGUAACAACCAGUCAUAAAGAAGGGAAGGAGAGGGAGGAGAGUGGGUCGGCCAAUAGUGGAGACUCUGGCGGGGCCGAGCUGGCCAAUCAAGGGAAUGAAAAAGACUCAAAACUGACCAGCACGGUCAGUCAUUUAACAGAGGAGGAGAGGAGACAGAAAGUUCUGGAGAUGGUACAGAGGGAACCGGAUCCACAGACUCAUCUUCAUCCGCAUCAUCCUCAGCAAAGACCAAAGCCGACAUCAUUUAAAACAGCCCUCUCCACGGUGGCUCCCAUCCCGCCCGCACCCCGUCGGGCCCCGUUCCGUCCAGCCUCGCCUCGCCGCAGGAGGAAACACCGCAAACGCAUCAGCAAAGCAGCCAUCAGAGCCAUGAUCAUGUAGAGCUGCAGGAAAUGGUAAAGCUAACCAAAAGCCAGACACAUUGCACCAAAGGAAUAAGGAGAGACAAGAAACAUGGGAUUCUUGAAUGUGGGAUGAUUGACUCUGUGAACGGAUGCUGAGAAAUCAACAGAGGUGAUGGGACAGCUUUAAAGAAAGUCACCUUUCCUGCUCCAGAGCUGCCGCAGGGCGUCCAGCUUCAUGGAUAUAAUAAAAGUGCAAUCUUAUGAACUCUUUGGAAUGGAGGAUAUCUGUCACACUAAACACUGGAUUUCAUUUGUUUGAACAAACAUUAACCUGGAUCGAUGGAAGCUUAUCAGACGCCCAAAGCUAGACUGGUGGUCUCUUCUUGCAGUUGGCAGCCAUUGAUUGGCCGCUUAAACACUUUUGACUUUGAGCUCAACUACUGAUUGGCCCACAAAUGAAGAACUGAACUAUGACUUGGACUCAGAAGUCAUAAUUAGGGGCUAAAUGUGGAGCUCAAGACGAAACUGGAGACGUGGAGAACUGGAUUUCUACACAUGGGACGAUAACUGGAAACUGGAGAGUGCAGCUCAGGCCUCAAUGCCAAACAUUACUGUUAUCCUACAAUGUCUGAAUCUAACUUAAUCUAACACUGGAGUAGCCAUACACUGAUCAUACUACAUUUACUAGAGAAGUGCUCGACCGUGUACUGUAGCUUAAUGUACUGGAAAAUAUCGAUAACUUGCUCAUUUUGUACUACUGCCAGAUCAAAAUGGAAUAACAACCGAAUGCCUGCCUAGAUAACAUGCUAUGAAUAUCCACAUUAAAGCAAGUCUUAAAGACCUGGCUUUUAGAGAUCGCUGUGAGCCAGCUAUAGCCAACACUGUAUGUAUAAAUGCUUUUAGAAAAAUGAUUCGGGGGGAAAAAAAAGAAAAACUUUAUUUCUUAACUUAUUUAAAAAAAGGAGGAUAUGAAGUCCUCCAGUUCUCAAGUGUAAUUAUUGUUGCAGACAUGUUUCAGAUUAUAAUUAUUGGUUGUACAACUGUUGCUGUUAUGAAUGUUAUUUUUAAUAAAAAAAUAAAAA